CAGUGUUACACCGUCACGCUGAAGGCAAACUGUGGAGCAAAGCAAGAGGAAGAAGCCACGGCUUACAGCUUCCGGCAUGUGAACCGUCGUGGGUUGUGCUUUUCUCAGAGAUAAACAUUUUUAAAAUAGACGUUAAGUUAUGCCGCUAAUAGUGAUGUGUGGCUACCCCUGUAGUGGUAAAACACAAAGGGCAGAAGAACUGAAGGGGUAUUUUGAAAACAGCGGCCAGCGGAAGGUUCACAUUGUGGGAGAUGGCGGGCUGGACGUGGACAGAAACACAGUUUACUCAGAUUCUCAAAAGGAGAAACAUGUCAGAGCAUCUCUGAAAGCUGAAGUCGAAAGGAAGGUCAACAAAGACGACAUUGUUAUUUUGGACUCAUUAAAUUACAUUAAAGGUUAUCGCUACGAACUGUUCUGCCUCAUCAAACAUGCACAGACACCACACUGCCUGGUGUACUGUUUGACAUCACAUGAACAGAGCUCGUCAUGGAACACCAGCCGAGACGCCGCUGAGCAAUACAGCCAGGACAUCUUUGACGCGUUAGUUCAGAGAUUUGAAGCACCGGACUCCAGAAACAGAUGGGACAGCCCUCUCUUCACCAUCCUGAAAGACGACACGCUUCCCUUUGAAGAAAUUUCUGAUGCACUUCUCAAAAGAAAAGCACCCCCACCAAACCAGUCGACCCAGAGUCAACCAUUGUCCUCGUCAAACUUCUUGUACGAGCUGGACAAGAUCACACAGGAAAUGUUAAUGGCAAUUUUUGAUGCACAGAAGACGAGUGUCCCAGGGGAUCUGAUCUCAUUUCCUGGCGCUACAGAGAAGAUCGAGCUGACCAGAAGCAUCAACAUGGCGGAGCUGCGGAAACUCCGCCGUCAGUUCAUCAGCUACUCGAAGAUGCACCCGACGGAGAACACGGGACAGAUUGCAAACAUGUUUGUACAGUAUUUAAAUAAAAGUCUUCACUGACAUUUCAUUAAGAUGCCUUGUUUUUUGUUUUU